AUGGGUAGAUCUUUGAAACAUCAUGAGCAGAAACUUUUGAAAAAAGUUGAUUUCUACGAUUGGAAACAAGACCAGGGUCAUCGGGAUACUCAAAUAUUGAGACAGUACCAUGUAACUAAUAGAGAAGAUUAUUUUAAAUAUAAUAAAAUUUGCGGCAACAUAAGGAAGUUGGCUCAUAAAUUAUCUUUAUUACCUCCAACCGAUCCAUUCCGUUUAAAACAUGAAAAAUUAAUAUUAGAUAAACUGUUUAACAUGGGGAUUUUGACAACAAAGUCUAAAAUAUCAGAUUUAGAAAAUAAAGUUAGUGUAAGUGCAUUUUGCCGUAGAAGGUUACCUGUUGUUAUGUUUAGAUUGAAAAUGGCACAAAGUAUUACUGAUGCUGUUAAAUUCAUUGAACAAGGACAUGUUCGUGUAGGUCCUGAUCUAAUUACUGAUCCAGCUUUUUUGGUAACUAAGAGUUUGGAAGAUUAUGUUACGUGGGUUGACACUUCAAAGAUAAAACAAACUGUAUUAAAAUACAGGAAUUCAAUUGAUGAUUUUAACUAUGCUUAA